AUGUUGGAAAUAUCAGUUCUUAAGGUGGAGGACCCUAGCUGUUUGUGGGGUAGGAUUGUCAAAGGACCUUGUGUCCAAGCACACAGUCCAAAAGACUACGAGGACCUGCAGGUUAAGAUGAACCUAUUCUACCAUGAUGUCAAUUUUGAUGAGCAAAAAUUGAAGCUGAACUCACUAGAAGAAGGCCAGGUAUGUGUGGUUUUUCACUCGGACCAGAAAAACUGGUGUAGGGCUGUCGUGGAAAGUCUGCUUCUGGGGACUGUAAACGGCCAAGCUGUGUGCUUCUUGGUGGACCACGCAGAACGCAUUGUAGUUCAUAAAGAUGAGGUGAGAGUUGCUCUUGAUCAGUUUCUGGAGCUGCCGUUUUGGAUGCAGAAGUUUGAACUGGCAGGAAUUCAACCCAUGAGACUUCAAGUAUCCCUUUGUGAACAGAAAGCAGAACUUGUGCCAUCAUGUCACUGGGACAGUUCAGCUACACGGUACUUACUCAACCUUAUACAGGCUUCUACUCGGGUUCAGGCAGUUUUGUGUGGAAGGUAUAUGGGAUCCUCUGCCAUUCAACUCUACCUGACCAUCCAGAAUGUAAAGAUCUGUGUGAACGAUGAUCUUGUGGUGAAGAAAUUUGCCUGUCUUUCAAGUGCAAAAACAAAUGUGACGUCACAGAACAGCUCAGUUGACCCCUCACCUGUGUCUCUGACAUGUGACAUCUUCUCCAGCCCUGACAAAUUCCUAGCCACAAAUGUUUUCCAUGCAGCAACAUCACUUCCUCCUGCCUUCUUAUUUGAGGAAGGCCACAGAGAUGACAUCAUAAUGGGUGAGAGCACCACCUCUGGUGCUGGUGACAGCGGUGGUUCCUCUGUAAAACUGAAUGGAGAAAGUUAUCUAAAAGAGCGACAGAACGUGAAAGAGGAGCUGGCCUGUGCAAGAUUGCUGCAGCUACUUAAUCCAGAUCCUUUUAACCCAGAUGCAGACUCACUCGACACCAACGUAAGCAAACCAAUCAGUUCAGCGGUUCUGGUACAUUCUGCCAUCACAGUUGACCCUUGCGUGACCCUUUCCCAUGCCCCUAUCACGGAGAACUUCAGAAAGUUCUUGUUGAGGAGGAAGUAUGCAGGUCCAGGAGAAGCUGAGAGUUACUGUUGGCCCAGCGUGGCACGCGGAUGUGACACGGUUCUGGUGUCUCACAGUGGGGAGGACCCAGUUUCUUAUCUGCCCCCACUCCUAGCUCACAUCCAGCUCUCAUCUGUCUACAGUCCUCUGUCAGCACACAGCGGACCUCUGUCAGUCAUCCUUUGUCCUGGCUGGGAAAAGGUGCAGAUGGUGAUGGAGCUAUUGGAGGAAAGCCAGGCAGCGCAGUGCCUCCACCCAGCUGCAGCGUUAAUCGGACUGGGCAAAGACGAGGCCACGAACUUCAAGAUCCAGAAGAACUGUCAGCUGCUGGUGACCACGCCCAGCAGCAUGGCUAGGCUGUUGGCUGCACACUGCUUCCUUUUCCUGCGGCUAUGCCACCUGGUACUGCACGAGGCUGAUGUGCUUUGCUCACGCACCCCUGCCCAGAUGGAGACUAUCUUACAGCAUUUUAAGAAGUUGGUAUGCAGUGAGGAGAGGGUUUCCUGCCCGCGGCAGAUCAUUUCCGUUGCUAAGCGCUGGACGCCGCCACUGGACAGCUUGGUUAGAGAGCACAUGUUCAGCCCCAACGUGAUAAUCACUGCGUUAGAGGAGGCUGCCCUAUAUGGCCAAGUUCAUCAGGUCGUCCUGCUUUGUUUGGACUCCUCUAAGACUUCUGUUCUGCUCAGCUCUUUGGAUUUCAAUCCUUCCUUACCCCAAAAGACCCUGAUCAUUGCUAACUCUCCAGAGGAGGUAGAACAUGUUCACAAGGUUGUCACCAGCACCUCAGCAUUCUCACUAAAGGCACAUGAGGGUUUGACUUUUGAGUUGGACUUUGUCAUCCAGCUGUGGAACCAAGACAUUGGGCCUGACACUCAAGUCAUUCUGGUGACCACCAAUGAGUGCCUGAAGGCCCUGGGAAUCAGAGAUGCCACGUGUGUAGUUCACUAUGGGUUCCCAAGCUCCCCAAAACUUUUUGGUUUGCGACUCCUCUGCAUGUCUGAAAACUUCCGGAACCUCUCUGACAAGAGCACAGGUCCUGGGGUUCAGUCUGUGUUGCUGCUGUCUGAGCGGAGCGCUCGUCACAUUCCGGGGGUGCUGCGUUACCUGAAGCGCACAAAUGCCUCGCUGCCCCCUGAGCUCCUGCAGUUUGCCCGUGGGGUGCAGCGAGCCAAGGAGGAGCAGAAGACGGACAGACCUCUGUGUGGAUACCUGAAGAGCACGGGCUGCUGCAGGGACAGCAGUGCUUGUGCAGACAGGCACUCAGUCAGCAGAAUUCUGGACAAUCCCCAGCACUCAUUCUCCGGCAUUAUUCUGGUUCUGCCCCUUUACAUCAAGAGUGCCUCUGUUUACUAUGGUCGUGUCGUCCGCCAAAAAGACGACUGUUAUGAGACUUUAUCGGCCCAGAUGAGCUCUCACUACGCCAGAGAAAAACUUUGUGCUAAAGAUGUCCUGGAAGGGGAAUUAUAUGGGAUACAAGAACGGGAUGUUUACCACAGGGUGCGUGUUACAGAAGUACCUGAUAAAGGAGACCGCCUCUUCAGCAGUGUGACGGCACACUUUUUGGAUGAGGGGCGCACACAGGAAGUGAAAUCACACCAGCUGUUCCAGCUUCCCACCCAGUUCCACCAGUUGCCUCCCCAGGCUGUGGAAAUAAUUGUGUGCAGAGUUCAGCCCAUUGACGGGGAGGUUCACUGGAACCCAAAGGUUACCAGAGCAAUCAGUCAAAAGAUUCAAGGAAAGUUACAUCAAGCUAAGGUGGUCUUGAGUCUAGGAAACACCAUUUGGGUUGAUCCUAUGGUGCGAGUGACUCGGCUACCUGGUCUUAAAACCUUCAUUAAUGAAUAUAACAUCAGCGAUGAGAUCCUGGCCACAGGGAUGGGCACAACCAAUCCACAGCAUGUGGACCUGCUGAAGGAACUGAUCCAGCACCAGGCAGACUCCAGCACCGCACAGACCAGCCACGCCCAUCUGUUUGAGAGUUCUCCUGUGACUCUGAAGCUGAAGGUCCAAGCUGAAGAAGAGCCUCUGUCCAGUAAGGUCAACGCUUCAGAGGAAAACCUGAGUACUGGACCAGAGCUCAGGGUGGAACCUCCAAAAACCGGGCUUAAUGAUCCACAGAGGUUUGAGAGUUCUCCUGUGACUCUGAAGCUGAAGGUCCAAGCUGAAGAAGAGCCUCUGUCCAGUAAGGUCAACGCUUCAGAGGAAAACCUGAGUACUGGACCAGAUUUUCACCCCCAAGUAAAGUGGUAUGAGAAGAAGAAUACAGUCAUUGUUCACAUAAAGCUCACCUGCCCUGAUAAGCAGAGGUGUGAGUUUUACUCCGACAGGGUGAUAUACAGUGCCUAUGUGAAUGAGCGGCAUUACCUUGCCAAUCUGGAGCUGCAGGGUAAUGUCAUUCCCGAGCACUGUUCUUGGUCAGUUGAGGGUAAUGAACCAGAGAUCAGACUGGUGAAACUGGAAGAGAGAAACUGGAAGACACUACUCAAACACAAGAGUCCAUUUGUCUGCUAUAACUUUGACUACAUUGGGGAGGAAGAAAUGACAAUGCUGAAUGGUCCCUGGUUUGUGGCGGAUGCAAAAGAUGAGGGAUGCUACGUCAUAUCAGACAGUGAGCUUGAAAGUGACAGUGACUGA